UUGUCAAUCAUUAACACAAAUGAUAAUUUAUUUUGUUUCAGGAUACUGGUGGGGGCACCACAGGCAGCAGGGCAAGGCCUGCUGAGGGGCAGCCGACCGGGCGCUCUGUUCAGGUGUCCAAUCACUCCAGAAGAGUAUGACUGUAAGAGGGUUGAUAUUGAUGGAGAUGUGAGUCUGGACAGAGAGAGCAAAAACAACCAGUGGCUGGGAGUAACUGUCAAGAGUCAGGGGAUAGGAGGGAAGGUGGUGACUUGUGCUCACCUGUAUGAGCUGAGACAACGUGUGAAUCAGCCUUCAGAGACUCGGGAUCCCAUUGGCCGCUGCUAUGUUCUGAGUGAGGACCUAACAGAGCGAGAUUACCUGGAUGGAGGGGAAUGGAAGUUCUGCGAGGGUCGGCCACAGAGCCAUGAACAAUUUGGCUUCUGCCAGCAGGGCAUGUCUGUCAGUUUCAGUCCAGACAACAAAUACAUUCUGUUUGGGGCUCCAGGAACAUACAACUGGAAAGGUGAGAUGCGUGUCGAGCACCUAAACCAGACUCUGCUUGACCUUGGUCUCUAUGAUGACGGACCAUUUGAGGUGGCAGAUCAGAAACAACUUAAUGCCCGGCUCAUCCCUGUGCCCUACCAUAGUUACCUGGGGCUCUUGUUCAUGGCUAGCCCCAAAGAAGAUGCACCGCUGUACAAAACUCUGGAGCCCUCCAAACGGCCCACAUUUGAGGAUGUAGCUCAUAAUAGCUACUUAGGUUUUUCUGUAGAUUCCGCCAUGGGGAUAAUGAGCCUUGGGGAGCUGACCUUUGUGGCAGGUGCACCUCGGGCCAAUCACACAGGGGCUGUGGUGUUGCUGAGGAAGGAUAAUGUGCACCGGCUGGUCCCUCGUCACAUCUUCUGGGGGGAGGAGCUAGCGUCUUCAUUUGGGUACUCAGUGGCCACCACAGAUCUCAAUAAUGAUGGAUGGACAGACUUGAUUGUGGGAGCACCUAACUUUUUUGACCGUAAAGCAGAGAUUGGCGGGGCUGUUUAUGUAUAUCUAAACCCGUUUGGUCACUGGGAUGAUCAGGCUCGACCCAUCCGUCUCAAUGGGACAUAUGACUCCAUGUUUGGGAUGACGGUCAGCAGCAUAGGAGAUCUGGACCAGGACGGAUAUGGAGAUAUCGCUGUUGGUGCCCCUUUUGAUGAACAGGGAAAGGUUUUCAUCUACAGAGGCUCCAGUGCUGGAAUUGAAACUAAACCUGCUCAGAUUCUGGAUGGCCGUGAAUUUGAUGUCCAACGUUUUGGAUACUCCAUCUCAGGUGGUUUGGAUAUUGACAACAACCACUAUCCAGAUGUCGCAGUGGGCUCUCUUAAUGAUUCAGUGGUUCUUUUCAGGUCUCGCCCAGUCAUCCACGUGAUCAGAGAAAUAUCAAACAACCCUUCUUUCAUUGAUCUGGAGCAUCACAACUGCAAGGGUCGGGACGGAGUCUGUAUGGAGAUAAAGGCCUGCUUCGCCUUUACAGCCCGCCCACAGCGCUACUCACCACAUAUCACCCUUGUGGUGCACUUUGAAGCUGACUCUGAGCGCAGGAAGCUGGGCCUGCCGCACCGCGUUAACUUCCUGGGCCGCAGCUCGCUGGAACCGGAGUACACGCAGACGGAGGAAGUGGAGCUGCAUUUGCAGGGACAGUUUGUGUGCACCACUGCUGAAUUCCAGCUGCACGAGAACAUCCGGGACAAACUGCGUCCCAUCUCAUUGGCUAUAACGCAUGAAAUCAAGCCAGUGCCACCACGUAGACACCCUGCCAAGAAACUGGAGAAGCUGCCGCCAGUACUGAAUAUCUCUCCCUCAAAUACAAUGCACUCUGAGGUCUGUAAAAAGUAUUUUAUCUUAAGGAUCCAUUUUACUGUGCUGCUGACACAGGAUUGGACUUUUUAG